UUUGUACUCUAGACUUUAUGAUCACGUUGUUAGUUUGUAUCAUUGUCACUGUUGUACAAUUAUAAAAUUUGAUCAACAAAGCUAUGAUACUACACACAUAAAACAGAUUUUGAGCGAAUUCAUCGGGAGUUCCAUCUACAGUCUAUUAUCUUAACUAAAAACUUUUAAAUACCCACGCCACAUGUUAUGACAUGUUGUUGUCAUCAGCUGAUACUAGCCAGUGCAUGCAGUGCCAGCCCAUUUUAGAAGUUUGUGGCACAUAAAAACAUCGACGAUUUCGAUCUGAAGGUAGAAAGUUAACAUCUAGCAAAAAAUGUCGACCAAGGCAGUAUCACAACAGCUAAUCACUGAUCAAUUCAGUCAGCAAAAAUCAGGACGCAUUCUUGAGAAGUCAAACAAGGGGAAAGGCAAGCAAAAUGUAGCUGUUCGAAGCCCCGGUGCAAGCCCGAGGAAAUCAGAGAGAACCAUCGAAGUUGAGAGUGCUGAAAAUCUUAUCAGAAAGAAACAUCUUAACACACUCCGGGAAUUUGAUCUGGAUUGGAGAUAUGGACCUUGUACUGGAAUCACUCGUUUAGAGAGAUGGGAAAGAGCCGAAAGCCAUGGUUACAAUCCUUCACCUCAUGUCAAAGAUCUCAUUUUAGAAUAUGAGGAUGAUGAUGAGUUUGUCCAAAACAUCUGGUCUGGAUACCCUCUAUGAAUUGCCGUCACCUACCCAGAUACUAUAACUGGCUGACAUGCAUGUAAAUUAUGUGACUGUGCCAAGGAUUGGAAAAAAAUAUUUUGUGUCGCCAUGUACAUUCCAACAAAAACAAAAAUCAAAUGAACUCCAAUGUGAGCACAACGUUAGGACUCAUCUUACUAACGUAUAAUUCUCAGAUUCAGAUAUGCAUUUGUUGUUCCUUCCUAUCUCUCUGUUUCUCUCUGUCUUUCUCACUUUCUGUCUCUCUUAAGUGAAAUUUGACAUUACAAGUAAUGCAGAUUUUGACAUUUUGCCCAGAAUCAUGUUAUAUGAGAUGGAACUUGAGAGCUAUUUCCAGUUAUAAAUCUGGAUUUUUAAUGGCAUUAUUGAUGUUAUUGUUCAUUCUAAUUCAAAUAACUCUUGGAAGAGUGGCAAAAUAUGAAAAUAAAAAUAGUGAUAUCAUAAGUUUGUAAUGAAUUUGGAUACAAAUUAAAAUUUGGGGGUUUGCUUAAGCUGCAGUUGUUGGGAUCUUCAAAUGGGCAAAUCUCAUCAGAUGUAUAUAUACUAACAUUGUCUAACAUAUUACUUUCUGUUUUUUUCUAAGGAAUUACUUUUUGAAUAUUGAAGAAAAGUAAGACCUAAUCAUGAAUUUUUAGUAAUAACCUCAAUAGACGUGGAUUGCUGCACUUGAAAGAUAAACUUUUAAGAAAUUGGUGCUAUUUUUGGCAGGCCUGUUUUCAACAUAGAUGAGGUGGUCACUAUAAUUAAACCGAUUCACAUAGUUGUGCAUCACUUAAACUGGUAUAUACAUAUUUUCCUAUAUUAAUCUUUCAGUUUACUCUCUUAUUUGUUUUGAUAUGUUUUUAACAUUUCGCUUAACAUUGCCAUAUGAAUGUCGGAUGGUCUUUUAAUUGAACAUAUAAAAGUGUGAUAUAUGUAUUUGUACCUAUGUAUAUGCAUUCGGAGAACAUUUUUAAAGUCAUGCUACACAUUGCCUUUUUCAUUUGCAUGAUUUUAUUGUUGUAUUAUGAAAGUUGAUAUUCAUAGAAAGAUAUAAGAAAUGGUUACAUGUUUGUUGUACAUGUAGCAUUGCGGUUUUUAAUUUUUUUAGUAAUGUGAACAGAUCAAUGCCAACUGUUGGCAGUUCUGUAUUGAAUAACAAGCCACUUGUAAUUCUAAGCUUUUCCUGAAAUACUAGCAAUUUUUCUUGCUUAUCAAAUUACUUGAUGUUUAUUGAUGGUUUUAAAAGAAUUUGAUUGGAUGAAUACUGUGAUGCAGCUACAGCGUACAUCAUCCAGUUUUAUUAACUGGUAAUUCUUAUCUUUAAAGUUUAUGGUCAAGUAUGAAAACCAGAAUAUUACCAGUGCAUUAUAGUUGUCAUAGUAUUUAAGUGGAUUAAGCAGGUAAUGGGGGGGGGGGGAGUGCUGUGUAUUUGAUAUAAGUUAAUAUCUACAAAGUUUCUUUUUGGAAUUACAAAUUCUAUAAAAACCUAGGAUAUUUUUAUGUUUGCAAUGAAAUGGUCAACUAAUUGUUGCCCUUUAGCGUAAUAUCCCUACUUGUACUGCACAAUAUUUCGCUUUUCAAAUGUGGUAUAAAAUUACUGUGAAAUACUUUGUUUUAUUUUCACACCUUUGAAAUGGUAAGGAGAUUUCUGACAACAUACAUGUAUUCUGUUCAAGAGACAAGCAAUACUGCUAUACUUUUAUCUAUAAUGCAUAUGAUGAAAUAUAAGCUAUGGUUCGGUGGCAUGCAUGUAUUCUGUCAAAGAUAUGAUCAAUCAUGGAUUUAAUAAAAAUAAAAAUUCUAUAAUAUUGUUAGUAAUAUUUAGAGAAUAAAGGUGGGGUUUUUAGAUGUUAUAGAACCCUGUUUUUUCUUCACUGUUCUUUUGCUUUAAAUAGGAGUAUCGUAGAUGAAUAUUUCUAAGCUAGCUAUUGUAUUCUUAAUUAUAAGUAUUUUGUCUUGGAAUUUUUAGUGAUUGGUCUCUUAACUACAGAGUACUGAAGCAAUGAUGUCAGUUGCCAUGGUGUCAUGGCGGCCUGGUUCUAAACAAAUGAACUCGGAGUGUGUUUUUCAUAGGAGAAAAUGGCUGCUAUUGGAAUUUCAUCGCUUGCAACCUCAGAAAGAUGGUAAUUUUUGCAAAUACAAAUGUGUAUAGACGAUAGUCAUCUGUGACUCUGUUUAGAACCAGCCGGUUUGUUGUCAUGACAGUCACUCUUCGGUACUCUAUUGCUUGUAAAUAACUUCUUUUAGAAAAUUAAAUUGUUUAUUUGUCUUAGAUAAUAUGCAUUCUUGGGGAUGGGACAUAUUUUGGUCAUAUUUAUGAAACUGCACUGGAGUGGCAAUUCCUGACCUUUUAUUUGAAAUGUAUGUUUACUCCAUUAAUGAAGAGUAUAUAGUAAACAUGAUACAUAUUUUUGUUUGCAUGUAUUCUUAAUAUGUAAGAAAAUAUUUAAUAAAUGCAUUUUUUAAUAUAGAACAGAUUGAUUUUGAUUGUUU